UUUAUUCAGAUAAAAGCUUAAGCUACAGUUCCAAGUUCUCUCACCUUCUCCGUUCCACAACUCUCAAAUCAAUUUCAUCAACAUAAACCCUAAUUAAGAUAUAGUGUUCCUCUCAUCACCUCUUUUUGAACAAAAUAUUUAAAUCGAGAAUGGAUAAUAACUUCGGGAACUAUCAUCAUCAAUGGCAGCAUCAAGGACCAGCACAGCCAAACACAUGCCCGGUUUGCACGGCGCCGCACUUCCCUUUCUGCCCACCGUCUUCCUUCCCGCACUUCCCUCCUCACUUCAAUCCACCACGUCCUGGAUUCGACUCGUUCGCCGGACCACCGGUUCGACCGCAGAAUCACUAUCCAAUGCCGUGGCAAGCUCACCACGGGAAUCAAUGGAGACCACCGGUUGUCGAUUGCGAUAGGGAAGCUGAUCGGAGCUACAAGAGAGCUCGGAUCGAUGCGAUCGGAGGUGGUUCUGUUCCCGGGAGCGAUGGUUAUCAGAAUCCUCAGAUCUACUGGGAGAACGAGCGGAGGUUGAAGAUGGUGAGGGAUCAUGGUUACGGUUUAACUGCCACCGCGCCGUCGUAUCCGGGAAAUCUAGAUGUUGAGAUGAAUCAUCAGUAUAGGAAUGGAGGUCAAUUUAACGGUGUAGCUCCUCCGCCGCAGUACGGAGGAGGCUAUUUCGGUGGUCCUAAUGGUCAGCCUCCGCUUCCUGUUUCACCACCACCGCCUCUGCCUCCAUCUCAUCCUCAUAUGCCAAAUUCUUCGCCAUCUUUAGCACCAACUCGGUCUAAAGUGAUUGAUGUGUCCCAUUUGCUGAAGCCUCCUCAUCGUUCUACGCGUCCUGAUCAUUUUGUUAUUAUCCUUCGAGGGCUACCAGGUAGUGGGAAGAGUUAUUUAGCCAAGUUGUUGCGUGACAUGGAGGUAGAAAAUGGCGGCACUGCUCCACGAAUCCAUUCUAUGGACGAUUACUUCAUGACUGAAGUUGAGAAGGUUGAGGAGAGUGAUUCGACUUCUUCAAGCUCUGGUAGAAGCAAGAGACCUGUUGUGAAGAAGGUCAUGGAAUACUGCUAUGAACCUGAGAUGGAAGAGGCCUAUCGUUCAAGCAUGCUGAAAGCUUUUAAGAGGACUCUUGAAGAUGGGGCUUUCAGCUUUGUAAUCGUUUGUUUUCUGGAAUUGACCGUUUCUUGCUGGUAUUUGUGGCUCAUCUUAGUGGAUGACCGUAAUCUGCGGGUACCUGAUUUUGCUCAGUUUUGGGCAACAGCAAAGAGAUCUGGAUAUGAAGCUUACAUAUUGGAAGCAACAUACAAGGACCCAACUGGAUGUGCAGCUAGAAACGUGCACGGUAUCACACUGGAUCAAGUACAACAGAUGGCAGAACAGUGGGAAGAAGCUCCAUCGUUGUACAUGAAACUGGAUAUCAAGUCUCUUACGCGAUGUGAUGACCUAAAGGAGAGUGGAAUCGAGGAGGUGGACAUGGACAUGGAAGAUGACUUUGCACUGCCAGAAAGAAAAUCCGAUAACAACACCCGGUCAGAAGGAAAGGGUAGGACCGAAGACUCUUACAUAAAUGAGAGGAAAUGGGAAGAAGAAACUAGCUCCCAUACAGAAGUGAAAGAACUAAGUAGAAGUAAAUGGUCAAAUGUGGAGGAAGACAACGAAACAGAGAAGUCUCGAAGUACUAGACAAAACUCAAAAUCUCUUUCCAGGUCAAGCCAAGAACGCUUGACGAAAGGUAAAACUGUUUGGUGGGGCGAUAAGGGAGGAGAUGCAGGGUUUUCAAUUGGUGCAAGGAAUAUGAACAUGCCUUCUUUAGUUAUAGGUCCCGGAUCAGGCUAUAACUUGAAAUCAAAUCCUCUAUCGGAAGCAGAGAGCCGUGCACUAGCUGAUGCAAUUGGAAAAGCAAAGGUAAAAGGAAUCUUUCAAGAUCAGCUAAGAGCGGAGCGCGAGUCUUUCAAAGCUGUUUUUGACAAGAGACAUGGUACAUCUUACGAUUCAAAGGACGAGUAAGUGUAUGCAUGAUUAAAAACUAAAAUGUAUCCUUUGUUAUGUACGUUCAUAUGAAUUUUAAUGUUUUUCUUAUUAUUUUUUGUCUAAAAUAUUGGUAUUUAUUUCGAGAAAGACAUUAAUAAAUCUCUUUGAGGCUGAUAAUAA